AUGCCGGCGACGGACCUCGACGCGCUGUCGUCGCCGCAGUCCAACAAGAAGCUCAAGCGCACGUACGCGUCGAACGACGGCAGUAGUAAUGGCGACGACGACGACGACACGCUCUUCUCUCCGAUUACGUUUGGAAAGCGCAACGAAGUCGACUCGUACAUCAACCAGCUGCACAAGCAAACGCGAAAGCCUCUCACACGAACGGUGGCGCCAAAGCGACCGAGCGACGACGGCCGGGUCCGCAAUUGUUUCAAUACGUCGAUGGCGAUGGAGGCCAAGGUCGGCGCCCACUCGCUCGUGGGCACGAUGACGCCGAACGGCACGACGCGCCUCCGCCUCUCGCGCGACAGUGAUUUCAGCGACUCGGUGGAUAUUUCGUACGACCUCGACCAUGCCGACGACUCGUCCGACGACGACGACGACGUGGAAGCGAGCGACUUUGCCGAGGACAACUAAUCAUUUGUCACAUACAGUUGUCGCGUUGUUAACUCGA